GUAAAGUCUCUACUCUAAUAACGAUGUCAUUAUGACGUAAUAUAACAAAUCUUUUGGAUUUUGGUAAAUCCUUAAACAUCUUGGACUUUUUGACAAUGGCAGAAGAAAGGAUCAAUGUUCCUGGUAAUGUUGAAACUAUUUUGCAUAUUUGCUGUAUGCUACGGUAGACAGCCUCAUAAACACAAGGAAGAAGUAAUAGAUACAUCCAUAAGUGCCAAUGGUUCUCCACAACAGGCAUACACGGUUUUGCUAUCCCUUACCAAUUUCAACACUGUCUUCUGUUCAGGAACAUUGCUAAAUGAAUACUGGGUGUUAACAAUUGCCACCUGCCUGAAGCGAGGCAAACUGACCGAUAUAACGGUUCAUAAGGAAACAAAACUACCAAACGGCACAAUCAUGUACACUGGCAAAAGGUUCGCUCGUAUCGAAAGGGCGUUCAUCCACCAAGAAUUCGGUGUACCUCUGAGCACGUAUAACGAUCUGGCUAUUUUGAGGUUGGACAGGGCCAUCGAGAUCUACGAGAAUCAGACUAGGAUCGUCUUGCCCACGAAAGUGGAGGAUGUUGAGAUGAAGUUCAGGAACCAGCCCCUUCACAUGACCAGAUACUGCAGCAUCCAUAACUCGAUUGAGUAUAAAGACGCAUUCCCUCAGGACAGAGCAAUGUGUAACUACCCGUACAACAAAGCAUCAUUCAAUAAGAUUUUCUGUGCACUAUUUCAGGAAGAAAGAAAAACAAAAUUCAAGGACGCCAGUGAUAAGGGAGGUCCCGUUGUAGAUAGGAACCACACAUUGUAUGGGUUGGUACCAUACGCUCUACUCUGCAGGAGAAUGGCCGAUCGUUAUUGUUUCUGCGGUUUUACAAAAAUAGACAUGUUCGUAGAUUUUAUCAACGAUACAAUAAAUAAUUAUGAAAACGGGAUUGCCGGAAUCUAUGCAGCUCCAGUGCCUCCGCUAUUAUUUAUUUUUACAUUUAUACAUUCAGCUACUUGAAGAUUACCUGUUGACAGUAGAAUGGGUGUAAAGUAUUGCAACUCAUGCUCAUUAUUUAUAUUUUGAGGAAAGCUACAUUUUCUAAGAUAUGUGCUGUUAAAUAUAC